AUGUAUGCAGGUUUUUCUUUGCAUGAGCGUACGGGAAAUUAUAAUAUUGUCCAUAUUGAUGAGACGUAUGACACCACUGAUGAUAUAGUCCAUCGAAUAUCCUUCACUGCAUUCGACCGUCUCUAUGUUGCCGUAUUAACACCUAGCACUGACAUUUUCGAUCCUUAUGGCCUGAUUAAGAUUGGUGACAACAUCGCUGUUCCUUUCGAACGUGCACAUCAUUACCGUGGACACCUAAGAGGAAACCCUUAUCAUACCGUUGUUCUUUCGCGACUUUCGCCUUCUGUUUUUGUUGGCUCAAUCUCCGCUGGAAAUGAUUCCAUUUAUCUUGAACCAGCUGCACCUCACGUUGGUACUGCUGGUGACAAGGAUGUAAUAGUGUUUCGAACCAAUAGUCUCAAUAGCUCGUUGUUCUUUCAUGGUCUUAGCAAGGAUGAAGUUUUGGCUCCUCUGCAGAGAAUUUCUGCGACUUCACACGGGUUCGCAUCUCGUGCGCGUAGACAAAUAAUCCCUACUGAAAAUGAAGUGCGCAAUCGUUGUCCGCUAAAGAUUGUUGCUGAUUACAAAUUCUUCUCUAUUGUUGGCAAGAACAACACAGCUUUGACGACUCGAUAUAUUGUUAAUAUGGUAGCGCGAGUGAAUGAGAUUUAUACAGUUGUAAAUUGGGACGAAGGGCAGGAAGAGACUGAAGUUGAGCGGGGACGGUAUCCAUCUCAUCAACCUGGACACUAUAAUUCUCGAGAUUCUACAAAUAAUGGAAUAUGGAACUCUAAUCGACUUCUGGAGGCAUUUACUCGCGAGGAGGGCUCGCCAAAGUUUUGUUUAGUUCAUUUACUGACUGCUCAGUCAUUUUCCGAUUCUGCUCAUAUUGGCCUCGCCUACGUCGCUGACACUCGCGGAGGGCCAGGAGGAAUCUGCUCAGAUUCUGCUUACGUGAGUUAUUUCCAAUCAACAAUCACUGCUAUAGGUAAUACUGGGUUGCACGACUAUCCUUUAGUAACAAAGGAGGCAGAAAUUGUUGUUGCACACGAAUAUGCUCAUAGCUGGGGUGCCCAGCAUGAUGGUUUAGAUCGUGAUGUCGACGGUCGCGAGGAGUGUUUGCCAGAUUAUUCCGAAGGCGGAAACUAUAUAAUGCACAUGUAUGCCCAAAAUGGAUAUGAUCCUAAUAAUAUUCGGUUCUCGCCAUGUUCUCGAAGAAGCAUUCGACGAAUGCUUGAACGACGUUGGCACCGCUGUUUUGAGCCUGAAAAGUGCUGCACGAUCGAUUGUCGUCUAACUCCAUUAGCUGAGUGUUCACCACAUAAUCAACCGUGUUGCAAUGACACUUGCUCCUAUCAUCCCGCCAAUCAUGUUUGUCUUCCUGGAGAUCCUCUGCAGUGCAAAGCUUCGUCAUAUUGCACAGGCCAUUCUGGUGAAUGUCCGUUUGCACCUGCAAUCCCGAAUGGUUCUCCAUGUAUUGAAGACGGUGAGUGCCAAGAUGGUGUGUGUCUUCCAUACUGUGAGCGCCAAAGCAUUGCAAAGAAGAGCUGCAUAUGUGAAGAAAUUCAUUUGUCUUGCCGUCGAUGUUGUCGAGAUGUUAAUGGUACCGGCUUGUGUGAGCCAGAAAUUGGUGCCGCUGAUCUAGUUGAUGGUACAUGGUGUGUUCAAGGUUACUGCAGAAAGUCCAAAUGUGUAAACGAAGUGGCGGACUACGUAACAAGACAUUUGAAUGUCCUAAGUGAUAGAAGUCGUAUAUGUCAGUUACUACAAUGGUCAUUCACUUUUGUUUUCCGAUAUGAACAUUAUUUAGGGCCGAUCAUUCAGUCAAACAUUGUUGCCAUUAUCGUGUUCCUGUCUGUUGCUGUCUGGGUACCCAUCGGUUACUGCAUUAAAAGAGCUAUUGCUCUUUUGAUGGUGUUAACAUCUUCGCAGGAUGGAAGGGAAAUUUUGUCAACGAGGCGAGCUGGCCGAGUGCGAACAGUUGAUGUAGCACGCCAAGUCAGCCAUUGA